UCCCUCUCUGCUUAGUCCAUGAGUGGACAACCUCCCCCUUCAGAGCAGAAGCGGCACCACACCCCAGACGAAGAGGACGACCGACGAGGCAGAGGAGGAGGCAGAGGGCGAGGGAGGGGCCGCGGCAGGGGCAAGGGUCGGGGAGGAGGGGGCCCUGACGAAAGCGAUGACGACAUGCCCCCGCCCAACAUGCCCCGGCCCUCGGGACCCGCCUCGCUCUUCGACUUCUUCGACGUCAAGAUGCACGAGAAGAAAGAAACUGUGAACUUUGUAGAGCCAGUGGCUGAUGUUAGGGGUGCAGCCUAUCAGACUGGUCGUGGUGGUCGAGGCGGAGGAAGAGACGGAAGGGGAGGGAGAGGUGGCAGAGGAAGGAUGUUGUCACGUGGAGGAGCUGUCAAUGGAAGGUCAACGCCCCCAGACUUGACAUCAGAGAACUGGCCUGCUCCUGGGGAGGAGAAGAACCCCCCCACCAGCAACAGGAGCUACUUCGAGAGUAAGGAAUUGAUGGAGGAGAAGGAGCAGGAGGAUAACCUUGCUCUCCGACACCACCAGCUCCAGGCGAGCGCUGUGGGGAGAGAAACUGCACCCAUAGCCUAUCGUAACGACCAUGGAGGGCAGUAUGGGGGGUACAGAGACUCCAGCAGAAGGGACUACGGGGGAGGGGGAAGGGGCUCUUACAGCUCCCAGGACUCAAGAAGAACAGAGCGUGGUGGCAGAGGUGGAGGAGGAGGGAGGAGCAACAGUAGUGGUUACCGAGGCAGAGGCGGUGGUGGAAGUGGAGGCGGAGGAGGUGGAUACAGAGAUUCAAACAGUAACCCCAGAGGUGGAAGAGGGAACAGCAAUAAUGGCUACAGAGGCGACACUAACAAUUACCGGGAGGAUGGAGGUAGUUCGAACUUUUUUAGGAGCGAUGGGGGAGGUGGUGGCGGCAGCGGCAGCAACUAUAGACAGUACAAUGGAGCCAACAGUGGUUAUCGGGGUGGCAGUAGCAAUUAUGGUAACUAUGGUGACGGUGCUAAUUAUGGAGGUGCUUUUAGGGCUGACAGUGGUAGCAAUUACAGAGAUAGUGGUGGUGUCUCCCGCAGUGACAGUUCCUACAGCACAGGCUACAAGGACAUGCAGGGAAGUCGAAGCAGCUCCAACCAGUACAACACCCGGUACGAUUCCUACGGCAGCAGGCAAGUAGGCCAGAACAGUUAUGAACCGAAUCCAGGAGGCCGAAACAGCAUGGGAGGUGGUAGAGGAGGCAGCUACACCUCCGGCAGAGGAGAAGGAGGCAAUGGGGGUGGCAGUAUGCAAGCGUCAAACAGUAGGACGUCGAAGGAAAUGAGGCUUAUCCAGGACUUCCAGAGGAGCAUGACCUUAGCAGGAUGUUACCCACAAGAGAUGAUGAAUUAUGGCAGAUACGAAGACGGAGCAGAAUAUGCCGAUUUUUCAGGCACCUUGGAGUUUCACCGUGGGGGUGGCAGUGGGCGAGGCAGUCAGAGGAGAGGCGGAAGGGGAGGCUAUUACUAACAAGGUCUUAACUUGGAGAAAGCAAAGAAAGGACUUUGUACACCACAAGGAGGAACUGUGGGUUUUGACAACAGUAAGGUUUAUAAAUGACCAUUGUUUAUUUUAGAUACUGCUGUGAUUUUCUUUGUGUUGACAUUGCUUUUAAGGAUGGACAUCGAUUGAAAGAACCUGGCGGUAGUCUGUUGAGAGAGAACUUGCUUGAGAGAUCAUGAUUAUGACCCCAGUGAAUAGCUGUUUGUUUGGGGAUUCCUUUUUUUCAUUGAUUGAUUUUACCAUUAUCAUUUUGUUUAUUAAUUUAGAAGAAAUUUACACAAUGCAUUUCACUUUUAAGAUGUAUUUCCUGCAGUACAGAGCUAAACUUAAAUGUUCCCUUAUUUGUGAAAUGUGUUCAGAAUAUGGACAAUACAAGAAGUUUAAUGUGUUCAUUAGGGAUAUUAUUAUCUUUGUUAUGAUCCCUAUUACUAUUGUUAUUAUUAUCCCUAUUAUUAUUAUUAUUAAGUACAUUUAUUAUUGUAUUUAUUCCCAAUCUCUUUUGCCAUUAACAAUGUGUUCAUUGUAAUAUGUCAGUUGCUUGAUAGUCAAUAAUCCUGCCAAAAUACCUUUACACAACUCAUCACUUUUGAGAAUGUUACAUUUUAUCACCAAAUGCUUCUGCUAAGGAAGUGAGAGGGAGAAAAACUUUUGGACCUUCAUACAAGGGAAUUUGAUGUUUCUUGGUAAGGUGACCAUUUGCCAAGUCUGUUUGGAUCGUUGACAUGUGCUGUGACAGUGCUUGAUACAAGGAUGAGAAAAUUUAAAGAAUAAGAUGAACAAGCAAUAAAAUGAGAAUUAAAUGGAAAAGGAAGAGGAGGUAGAAAAAAAAUAAUCAAGAUAUUUUCCAGGUUUGUAAUGUUUACAAAAUUGACAGCAUUGUUUUGUUAAUUUAAUUUAUUGUUUAUGAAGGCAUUUGAUGUCAUAUUGAAUAACAAAUUUUGUAGUCAGCAACAUCACACAGACACUGAGCAAUCUUUGUAUAGAUAGACUGAAUAUUUGUAUCAUAAUAAUCAUCAUAUGCUCCUGUUGAAAUAAUGUCUUGGAGGUUAAAGUUGAAACAUUGCUUUUGUUAUGGUUAGAAAAAACUCAUACUAGUCAGAUAUCUUACUAUUUUGAGUUAAAAGUAGAGCACGAGUGACAGUUAACUUCCAUUUUUGUUUUUCAUUUUCUUGACAUAAUGAAGUUUGAUAAUUUUUUUAGGAAAAAUAUAAGGAAAAAAAGUAUAACAUUUGUCUGAUGAACAUGGUGGCAUUUGAACUGUUCAACCUGCGUUUGUUGGUACACUUCUUCUGGGCCUUUUCCCUUGUAACAGUUAUGAUAAAAAUCAAGAAAAAAAAAAGCUCUUUCUGCCAGUUUUGUACAACUUUCUUACAAGCCAUGCUUAUUGCCUAUAUCCAUAUUUAUUAUUUUUGUAAUGGCUGUAACAUUGUUUCUUGUACUGCAUCUGUUAUACAUAGUAAAGCCUCAAAAACACU